GGUGUGCUAUUAUUAGUCGACGGUUUGGGAACAAUCUGCAUCAGGUUUAAAAAAAAAAACAAAACAACGAAAUUGCCCACCUUGACCAAAGUUGCCUGCUUAGUUUUAUUGAUUCCUUUUCAAUCGUAUGCUAUUUCCUUUGUGGUGUUAUACGAAAAUGGUGCCAAGUGUCAUAUUUUUCCUUUGUCUGCACCUUCAACUGAACCAAAUAUUUGCGCAGAAAAACUUAGAACAAGAUUAUGUGUCGCCUUGCCCAAAACUUUUCCAAUACUUGGCAGCAAAUGAAACAGAUAGAUGGUAUGGGCAAGUUACCUUGACAACAGAUGUGGAACUCCACGAUGGGAUAUGGUUAAUUUUGGUGUUCGAUAAACCAUCAAUACUGGUGGAGAGCACUUUUGGGCAAAAAAACUACAAAUUAAAAGAAACGGAAUAUCUCUUGAGAACGCUUGGUAUAAGGUUGAUGCCCAACAAUCCCCUUACUGUGAGGUUUUCUAUAAAGUAUGAUCCCGAUGAUGGUAUACCGUUUUUUAAAGGAUUUAGGAUCAACACAAGACCUUCAUGCCCUGAACCAAACAUCCAAACCACCUCUACACAUAGACCAACAACCAGCUCUACAGUGACAUCACCACUUACCACCUCAACUACAACCACAACCACGUUAAGAACCACGUUUCCGCCAAAUUACGACGAAUUUGUGACUAGCGAGGAGCUGCCGGUCUCAGAAAGUCCCCAAGAUGGAAGUUUGAUUACCAACAACGUAGAGAGUGUGGUUACUUCAAACGGAGAUCUCUCAAAUGGGGAAAUGGAGUUUAUUUUCAACUCUCUAAUCAACGCUAGUUAUUACCCUGGAGACAUUGCCUUCGCCCCCUCGCAAGGAGCAGCCACCUUACUGUCGAAUUUCAACGAGAACCAAAACAUUCAAUGCGGAACUGUAGUGAGAAACCCAAAAUACGGAAGCGCCAAAACAGCACAUUGGCCGUGGCACGCGAUUCUCUUCAACUUCAUCGGACCCCAAAUAAUGUACACGUGUGGGGGGAGUUUGAUAUCCGAUAGACACGUGCUGACGGCAGCUCACUGCGUCACAAAACCAAAAACGAAAACCCCCGUCGACUUGGACAUACUCUCUGUAUUUUUGGGCAAACAAAACCUAAAAUCUUUUGGUCCAGAGGUUCAAGUCCGGGAAGUUUCCGACAUUUUCGUUCACCCAGAUUACAACUUCAACGUUUUGUACAACGACAUAGCCGUGGUUACACUCUCCUUGCCUGUGAUGUUCACCGAAUUCGUGAGACCAGUCUGCCUGUGGGACAAUACGGCGGACAGCGACAUUUUAAGAAAAACAGGAGUCACAGUAGGUUACGGCUUUGACAUGAAAAAACAGGUAUCCACAGAGCUCAGAGGGGUGGCAAUGCCAGUGCUACCACAGAAGGAAUGUUACCAGAAAAGUCCACUUUUCCCUAAAGUUUUGUUUGAUAAAAACUACUGUGCUGGCUUUGAAGAAGAUGUGGUGACAUGUAACGGAGACUCAGGCGGAGGCAUGGUGUUCCCCAAGGAGCAGGUCUUCGACUCUCAACCAAUUUGGCAGAUUCGCGGUGUUGUAUCGAUAGGGGUCGCACUUCAAGGUCAUUUCGUGUGCAACGACAUGAAGUACGUCGUUUUUACCGAUGUUGCCAAGUAUCUUGACUGGAUUUUGACGAUCCUCAAAAGAAUUUAACAAACAGAUGUAUUAUAAAUAUUACUGAUGAAUAAAAAAACACAAUUA